UUUAUACUUUCCUGUCAGGUUGGCACAGAGUGGCAAUCCCCCUUCAAUAGGUGCAUAAUUAAUGAGUGUGUCCGAGUGAAUGAUGAGGUUUUUGUGCAGAAAAAGAAUCUGUCCUGCUCUCAGAUGGAUGUACCUGACUGUCCAGAUGGAACUGAAUUACGCUGUGACCAAGUAAUAGACUGCUGUCCUUCAUGCAGAUGUGUACCCGUGAAUGGUUGUCCUUUGAAUGGCACUGUUAUUGGGCCAUGGCAACGCAUGAUGGUGGAUCAAUGCACAACAUGCAUCUGCUCUCUCCAGUCAGUGUCUUCUCGGAGGUACAGUCUCACAUGUACAAAAUUCAGCUGUGAACCAUGCCCAACAAAUUAUGGAAGGCAGGAAAUUUCUGGUUCUUGCUGUGGAAAAUGUGUGCCAACUUCAUGUGGCAUCAGAUUGAGAGAUGGAAGGUUUCAGUACCUUCAGCCAAAUGAAUCACUUCAGGAUGGCUGCGAAAGUCACUACUGUAAAAUAAAUGAGAAAGGGGAAUUUAUUUGGGAAAGGAGAAUCACUGGCUGUCCUCCAUUUGAUCCCAGAAGAUGUUUGGCUGAAGGUGGGAGAAUUGCAAAGCUAGGCAAUACCUGCUGUGACACAUGUGUGGAAGAGGAAUGUCGACCAGUAAGUACCAGACUGCAGUAUAAGAACAUCAAUGGAUGUGUGGGUGAAAAGGAAGUGCCUAUUUCUCAUUGUGAGGGUAAAUGUAGAAGCAAUACAAGAUAUUCCAUUCAGACAGAGAAAUGGGAAGACAUGUGCAGCUGCUGUACAGCCAUACGAACAACCACAGUUACCAUCCCACUCCACUGUCCCAAUGGCACAGUGGUGCAGCAUUACAUCCCUUCUGCCUCUCAGUGUGAAUGCAGCUUGAGGAAGUGUACAGAGUGAAUAUUUUGAAGAAGCUCAAUGGUUUAAUCUUGAGUUUUAUGAUGAAGAACUUUACAAAGCAAAUCUCAUUUCCUCUCUGUAACCAAUCUUAUCCAGUAGAUUUCUAAUUAAUUGUAUCAACAUAGCAAACAAUAAAACUUACUAGCACAACAGAAUAGUAUUUUCUGUCUGUUAU